AUGGAUUGUUUGGUUAUAAUGCAGGAGCCAGUUCUUCCUGGAUGUUUCUUGCGAGCCAGAGCCCUCGGACUUUUGCCCAUGAUCGACCAGGGGGAGAAAGAUGAUAAGAUCAUUGCAGUUUGUGCUGAUGAUCCUGAGUACAAACAUUACACCGGCAUCAAAGAUCUUCCCCCUCACCGUCUCACCGAGAUCAAGGGUUUCUUCGAAGACUACAAGAAAAACGAGAACAAAGAGGUUGCGGUGAAUGACAUUUUACCUUCAAGCACUGCAUAUGAAGCCAUCCAGCAUUCAAUGGACCGGUAUUCCGAGUACCUUCUGCAAACCCUGAGGAAUACUUGGGCUCAAAAAGGCUAAUUUCCAAUGCAUGACCCAUACUAAAUAAACCAUUUUAUUACCAAUAAGAAUUAUUACA